GGGAAGCGUGUCGUAUGAUUUUUGUGUCAUGCGAGUCAAAGUUUACAUGUUUUUCUCGAAUUGUCAUUUUUAAUCCCAUUAAUUAUCAUAUGCGGACUUUAUUGUGAUUAUGUGUUAUCAUCUUAUGUGCGCUCGAGGUGUGUGAUAAGGGCGUUUUUUCAUGGUGGGAGUGAGGAAAGGGGGACAACAUGGGUGACAGUUUCCUGCACCUGGGUGACAUCGUGUCCCUGUUCGCGGAGGGGUCUGUGGCAGGAUUCCUCAGUACCUUAGGGUUGGUAGAUGACAGGUGCGUUGUAUGUCCUGAGGCAGGAGACCUGACUGAUCCGCCAAAAAAGUUCCGGGAUUGCCUAUUCAAAAUAUGUCCUAUGAACCGCUACUCCGCCCAGAAGCAGUUCUGGAAUACUGCCAAGCAGUCCGCCAAUGCCAGCGCAGAUACGGACACCGGGCUGCUGAAGAGGUUGCAUCAUGCAGCCGAGAUAGAGAAAAAACAGAACGAGAUGGAGAAUAAGAAACUCCUGGGGACAGUAGUACAGUACGGCAGCGUUAUACAACUGUUGCAUGUUAAGUCUAACAAAUAUUUGACUGUUAAUAAACGAUUGCCCGCUUUGCUGGAGAAAAACGCGAUGCGGGUGCACUUAGAUGCAAAUGGUAAUGAAGGGUCGUGGUUCUAUGUGAUACCAUUCUACAAACUCCGGUCGACUGGGGAUAAUGUAGUGGUCGGCGACAAGGUUAUAUUGAACCCGGUGAACGCCGGGCAACAGGUACUACAUGUUUCCUCCAACCACGAACUACCGGACAACGUUGGAUGUAUGGAGGUGAAUGUAGUAAAUUCAUCGACGUCAUGGAAGGUGACCCUUUUCCUAGAACAUAAAGAGAACCAGGAGGAGAUGCUAAAGGGUGGUGACGUGGUACGACUUUUUCACGCGGAGCAGGAGAAGUUUCUCACCAUGGACGAGUACAGACGAAGGCAGCACGUCUUCCUCAGGACCACGGGCCGAUCGAGUGCCACUGCCGCUACCAGCAGUAAAGCUCUGUGGGAGAUCGAGGUGGUACAACACGACCCGUGUAGAGGAGGCGCGGGUCACUGGAACUCGAUAUUUCGCUUCAAACACCUCGCUACUGGACACUACUUGGCUGCCGAAGCUUGCAUUAAACAAUCCGAAAAUAUGAUGGAAAAUGAAGGUUUGAACUCGGAGCCAGCUUACCAACUCGUGUCGGUGCCGCACUCGUCGGAGAUCGCCACGCUGUUCGAGCUGGACCCCACCACCAUGACGCACUCCGACGCGCCCGUACCGCAGAGCAGCUAUGUCAGAUUACAACACCUUUGCACGCACACCUGGGUGCACUCAACGUCUAUACCGAUUGAUAAAGAAGAAGAGAAGCCAGUUAUGUCGAAGGUGGGAUGUUCAAUAGUGAAAGAGGACAAGGAAGCGUUUGCAUUGAUAUCGGUAUCUCCCAGCGAGGUCCGGGACUUGGAUUUCGCCAACGAUGCCUGCAAAGUCCUCUCCGCAUUGUCAACCAAACUGCAUCACGGGAAUAUCGAACACAAUGAAAUGAAAGCAUUGACCUGCCUCCUGCAAGACAUCGUAUACUUCAUAGCGGGCUUCGAGAACGAACCCAACAAGUGCAAAGCCCUCGACCUGGUGGUUGAAAAUCCUAAUCGAGACAGACAGAAGUUGCUACGUGAACAGUAUAUAUUGAGGCAACUCUUCAAAAUACUCCAGGGUCCUUUCCAAGAUUCCCCGGAGGGUGAGGCGUUCCUUAAGAUAGAGGAACUGUAUGAUCCGCGAUAUGCGCCGUAUAAGUUCAUCUUCCGGCUCUGCUACAGGAUACUUAGACUCAGUCAGCAAGACUAUCGGAAGAAUCAGGAAUAUAUUGCAAAACAUUUCGGAUUCAUGCAAAAACAAAUAGGAUACGACAUACUCGCAGAGGACACGAUCACGGCUCUGUUACACAACAACCGGAAACUUCUAGAGAAGCACAUCACUGCUUCGGAGAUAGAGACGUUCGUUGGUCUGGUCCGAAAGAAUAUGAAGACCUGGCAAUCCCGUUUCUUAGACUAUUUGAGUGACUUGUGCAUCUCUAACAAAAAGGCUAUCGCCGUCACGCAGGAGUUGAUCUGCAAGAGUGUGCUCUGCGCUAAUAACGCUGACAUUCUUAUUGAGACAAGACUUGUAUCGACAAAAUACGAAAACGUAUCGGAAAUCGACGACAUAGGUAAUAAAUACACGGUAGAAGAUGACGUCAUGUUGCUUUGGAACAAUAAAAAGAGUUCCCGGCUAUUGUCCUCGUUAGCAGCAGAAGCGGCAGAGGAUCCCCGCAGCGAGGCUGCGGCUAUCCUGGACUACUACAGGCAUCAGCUCGAUCUCUUUUCCAACAUGUGCCUCAACAGACAGUACCUGGCGCUCAACAGCUUGUCGCAGCAAUUGCAGAUCGAUCUCAUACUCAAGUGCAUGUCGAACAGCGCGCUGUCGCACGAGGUGCGCGCGUCGUUCUGCCGCCUGAUGCUGCACCUGCACGUGGACCGCGACCCGCAGGAGCCCGUCACGCCCGUCAAGUACGCGCGCCUGUGGGCCGAGGUCGCCGGCACCAUACACGUGCACGACUAUCAAUGCGUGAAAGGCGGGCCGGACGCUACUAGAGAGAAAGUAAAGGAGCAGUUCGCGUCAACUAUCCGCUUCGUCGAGAACUACCUGUGUAACGUGGUCACCAGGACUUGGUACUUCAGCGACCACGAUCAAAACAAGCUCACCUUCGAGGUGGUAAAGCUAGCCAGAGAAUUGAUUUAUUUCGGAUUUUACAGCUUUAGUGAUCUCUUGAGAUUGACCAAGACGCUGCUCAGUAUUCUGGACUGCGUGACCGCCAUCGAUCUGCUGAACGAGACCAGCGCGCUCACUGGAGAGGUGGAAUCGGAGGGCGGCGUACUGCGCAGCAUCGGCGACAUGGGCGCCGUCAUGACGUCGAUCACUCUCGGAUCUGUCGCACGUAAUGUGCCGGGCGGCGCGGCGCGCUCGCCGUCGGCGCUGGCGCUGGCCCGCAAGCACCCGCUCGUCAUGGAGACCAAGCUCAAGAUCAUUGAGAUCCUGCAGUUCAUUUUAGACGUGCGACUAGAUUACCGCAUAAGCUGUCUGCUGUCUAUAUUUAAGAAGGAGUUCGAACAAUCGGAUAAAGCUGACAACAUCGGGAGAGCAGAUGUGGAAGCUAUUGGAUUACAAGCUGAAGGCAUAUUCAGUUGUCGAGCUAUACAGACUGUGCCUGACAACUGUCUUCCAAAAAAUGUAGAUUUAGACGGUUUGGACUUGGAUGAGUGCGGAGGUCGUAUGGUCCUUCGCGUAUUGCUGCAAUUAUGUUCCCAAGGUGCCUCGGCGUCUCUUGUCUCUGGGGCCUUGGCGCUGCUGUUUAGACAUUUCAGUCAAAGGCAAGAAGUCCUGGCGGCCUUUAAACAAGUGCAACUCCUCGUAUCAGAUGCGGACGUAGAAUCUUACAAGCAAAUCAAAGCAGACUUGGACGUGUUACGGCAAAGUGUGGAAAAGUCUGAACUUUGGGUAUUCAACAAAGGUCGAGCUGGAACAUUGGACGAUCAUAGCGAUAUUAAAGGAACAGUGGGCCCGGGUGGUGCAGUUUUAGAAAGGAAUGCGUCCCUCGACAAUGUGUUAGACACCUCAAGGUCCACGAAACAUGAUCACAUGAACGAAUAUAACAAGAUCAAGGAGAUCCUUCAACGCAUGAUUAAAUAUUGUACGCAAGGCAACAACAGUGCCGGCGAGGCGGGAGAGGUCAGUCGGCCGCGAAGACACGAGCAGCGUCUUUUGCGGAACAUCGGAGUACACAACAUCGUACUGGACUUACUGCAGGUUCCCCACGACGAGGAUGAUGCAGCGAUGGACGAACUACUGGCUCUCGCUCACGAGUUCCUCCAACAUUUCUGCCACGGCAACCAGCAGAAUCAAGCCAUCCUACAUAAGCACCUCGACCUCUUCCUUAAUGCUGGGAUCCGCGAGGCGCAGACGGUGUGCGCCAUCUUCUCGGAGAACGCGUCGCUGUGCGCGCACGAGGGCAACGAGAAGGUGGCGGCGCACUUCGUGCACUGCGUGGAGGCGCGCGGCCGCCGCCCCGCCUACCUGCGCUUCCUGCGCACCAUCGUGCGCGCCGGCGGACAGCACAUCCGCCGCAGCCAGGACCUCGUCAUGCAGGAGAUGGUGAACGCGGGCGAGGACGUGCUGGUGUUCUACAACGACAAGGUGUCCUUCAACUACUUCCUGCAGAUGAUGCGCCAGUACAAGCGCACGGGCGAGAUGCCGGAGGCUCUGACAUACCAUAUAGACCUGGUGAAGCUUUUGACGUGCUGCACUCUGGGCAAGAACGUGUACACCGAGAUAAAGUGUCACAGCUUGUUACCAUUGGACGACAUCGUGGCCAUGAUCACUCACCCGGACUGUAUUCCUGAGGUGAAAGAAGCGUACGUGGGUUUCCUGAACCACUGCUACAUCGACACGGAGGUAGAGAUGAAGGAGAUAUACUCCAGCAACUACAUGUGGGACCUGUUCGAACGGUCCUUCUUGCAAGACAUGCUCGCUAUCCUGCAACCGGAGCCGCAGACAUCGGAGCCGGGCUCGUCGGCGCGCUCGCCGGGCGGCUGUCGGCAGGCGUGGGUCAACUACGUCACCGACGUGCUCGUGCACACCAUCUGCACCUUCUUCAACUCGCCCUUCAGCGACCAGAGCACCACCGUGCAGACCCGACAGUCGAUAUUCGUGAAGCUGCUCCAAACCACCUUCCGGAUCUACCAGUGUCCUUGGCUAACGCCGCCGCAGAAACUCAACGUUGAGAAAUGUAUACGCACUCUCAGCGAAGUCGCGAAGAGUCGCAGUAUAGCGAUACCGUUGGAGCUAGAAGCGAAGAUCCAGACGGUGUUCGAGAAGGCGGCGGCGCUGUCGCGGCAGACCAGCAAGUGGCUGCUCGCCUCCAAGACCUCCAAGCUGGAGAAGAUGGCUUCGCAGACAAACCUCCAAAACGAUAGAUCCGUGAUGGAAGGCCUGCAAGAGAUAGUCGCGUUACUAGAGGAGCAGCUGCGACCCUUACUACAAGCCGAGCAGUCUCUGCUAGUCGACAUCUUGUACAAACCGCAUCGGCUGUUCACCAGCCCCGGGGAACUGACGCACCCCGACACAAGCGGAAUAUUUAUAUCGAGAUUAAUACGUCAUACGGAAAAGCUUCUUGAAGAGAAAGAAGAGAAGCUGUGCGUCAAAGUGUUAAGGACCUUGCGGGAGAUGAUGGCCGUCGAUCCUGAAUAUGGGGAGAAGGGCAACCAGCUACGUAACAAGCUGCUCUCGCAGUACUUCGUGAACCGCAAGUCGGAGCCCAGGAUCCAGCCCGCCAGCGUCGCCGUCACUCACGGUCCCGGUGCAGACACUGUACCGCAACAGCCGAAGAGAGCAAAGGUCUUGCUGCGCACGGGACAGAGCCUGGCGCAGGUGCAGGCGCACCUGGACCGUGAGGGCGCUUCCGACCUGGUGGUCGAGCUGGUCAUCAAAAGCACUAACCGACCAGCUAUCUUUCUUGAAGCUAUACAGCUCGGAAUUGCGCUUUUAGAAGGAGGCAAUCCUAUAAUUCAACACAGCAUCUUCACGAAAUUGCAAAAUGGUGAAAUAUCGCAGGCGUUUUUAAAGGUAUUCUACGAUAAAAUGCGUGAGGCCCAGCAAGAGAUUCGCUCCCUGGCUGUGAGCAGUACCACCACCACUACCACCGACAAGCGGUCGUCAUCAACAGAAAAGCAAAAAUCUAACAGUACCGAUGGUAAGGCAGUGGUAGGUCCCAUUGUGGUGGGAGAGGACAUGGACGACGAGGUGUCUAGCGCGUGCAGCUCGGCCGUGCACGCGUACUCCGACAUACACACCAUGUCGCACGGUACAACCGUCUUGGAAGAAAUAAUGGCAGAGAAAAAACGUGAAUCUGGCAAUUCGGACGUCCUGCCUGCUAAGGUAGCCGUCAUGCGGCCCAUCUUGCGUUUCCUACAGCUGCUAUGCGAGAACCACAACCCCGACCUUCAGAACCUCCUUCGUAAUCAAAACAACAAGUCCAACUAUAACCUCGUCUCCGAGACCCUCAUGUUCCUGGACUGCAUCUGUGGAUCCACGACGGGAGGGCUCGGGUUGCUUGGACUGUACAUCAAUGAAGGGAAUGUGGCACUUAUCAACCAGACCUUGGAAACACUCACAGAAUAUUGUCAAGGUCCGUGCCACGAAAACCAAAAUUGCAUAGCGACACACGAGAGCAACGGGCUUGAUAUUAUAACAGCACUGAUAUUGAACGACAUUAACCCCCUCGGCAAGACACGCAUGGACCUCGUACUGGAGCUGAAGAACAAUGCCUCCAAGCUCCUGCUGGCCAUAAUGGAAUCUAGAAAUGACUCGGAGAACAACGCCGAAAGGAUCUUAUACAACAUGAAUCCUAAACAGCUGGUUGAUGUUGCGUGCUCAGCCUUCCACCAGGAGAACUCCAUAGAUCCCGACUCCGACUCCGAGGACGACGCGCCCGUACAAGGCGUCUCUCCGAAGGAAGUGGGCCACAACAUCUACAUCCUGUGCCACCAGCUGGCGGCGCACAACAAGGAGCUGGCGGCGCUCGUGCGCGCGUCGCCCGCCGGCCCCGCCGCGCCCGCGCUGCAGUACUACCGCACGCACACCGCGCAGAUCGAGAUAGUUCGCACGGAUCGCAGCAUGGAGCAGAUAGUGUUCCCGAUCCCGGAGAUCUGCGAGUACCUGCCGGUGGACAGCAAGCACCGCGUGCUGCAGAGCGCCGAGCGCGACGACCAGGGCAGCAAGGUGGCGGACUUCUUCUCGCGCCUCGACAAUCUCUUUCACGAGAUGAAGUGGCAAAAGAAGCUGCGUGGGCAACCGUUCCUGUUCUGGGUGUCGUCCUACAUGUCGCUGUGGAGCAACAUACUGUUCAACUUCGCCGUCCUGAUCAACGUCAUCGUGGCCUUCUACUACCCGUUCGGCGACGCGCAGCCCCGGCUGGGCCAGCACCUGUCGCUGGUGCUGUGGUGCGCGGCGGGCGCGGCGGGCGCGCUGGUGGCGUGGCUGCCGCGCGGCUCGGGCGCCCGCGCGCUGCUGGCCAGCGCCAUCGUGCGCCUCAUCUACUCCGCCGGGCCCGAGCCCACCAUGUGGAUGCUGGGCAUGCUCACCAUUGUAGUAAAGGGUAUUCACCUGGUGAGUAUAAUGGGCAACCAGGGGACGUUGUCGAAGUCGACGCGGAACGUGAUCACGGACCCCGAGCUGCUUUACCACGGCGUUUACCUCGCUUUCUGCUUCAUGGGCAUAUGCUGGCAUCCAUUCUUUUUUUCGGUUCUGCUCCUAGACAUAGUAUACAGAGAGGAGACCUUGUUGAACGUGAUGCGAUCAGUCACUCGCAACGGGCGGUCCAUCCUACUGACGGCUGUACUGGCGCUGGUGCUGGUCUACAUGUUCUCCAUAGUAGGCUACAUGUUCUUCCGAGACCACUUCCUCGUCACCGUCGACCGUCUGGAUGACGACCACGACCCGCGCUUCGAGCAGCGCGAGCAGUGCGGCGCGCCGGGCUGCGAGCCGCCGGCCGGCCGGUACGCGGCGCCGGCGCGCCUCGUGUCGGUGGGCGGCGACCUGCGCGAGCGCAGCUGCGACUCGCUCAUCAUGUGCAUCGUCACCACGCUCAACCAGGGCCUGCGCAACGGCGGCGGCAUCGGCGACAUCCUGCGCGCGCCCGCCAGCUUCGAGCCACUGUUCGUCGCACGCGUGGUGUACGACCUCCUGUUUUUCUUCGUGGUGAUCAUCAUCGUACUGAACCUCAUUUUCGGUGUUAUUAUCGACACCUUCGCCGAUCUCCGUAGCGAGAAGCAGCAAAAAGAACUUAUACUGAAGAACACAUGUUUUAUAUGUGGGUUGAACAGGUCAGCCUUUGACAAUAAGACCGUCUCGUUCGAGGAACACAUUAAGAGUGAGCACAACAUGUGGCACUACCUGUACUUCAUGGUGCUGGUGCGAGUCAAGGAUCCCACCGAGUUCACCGGGCCCGAGAGCUACGUACACUCAAUGAUCAAGAGCAACAACCUGGAGUGGUUCCCGCGCCUGCGCGCGCUGUCGCUGGUGGGCGGCGGGGAGGGCGAGGGCGGCGAGCUGGAGCUGCGCAACCUGCAGGCGCAGCUGGAGCGCGCGCAGGCCGCCGUGCGGGCGCUCACCGAGCUGCUCACCGACCUGCGCGACCAGAUGACGGAACAACGAAAACAGAAACAACGUAUCGGCCUGUUGAACUCGACGUCGGCGUAUCUCCAGAACUUGCAAAUGAACCUUCCGCCGUGAGCGACAUACCGAUACUUCGACGCACCGGGUAGUCAGUUUCAAUGCAGCAACAUUUUCGUUUCAAUUUAACAGCAUAAUAUAUGCUCAUACAGCAUGAUCAUCAUCAUAUAUUUAUAUGAAUACCCAAAAUAUGCUUAGUAAGAAAUUUUUAUUAAGGAAUAAUAAUUUCGAAUAGAUUAACACUAAAAAUCUAAAAUACUUUAAGUAUUUUUUUUAUAUUUUAUUUCACAUUUAUUUACAUAUGUUUAUACUAAGUAUCAAAACCGGUGCGUCUAAUAUUCCAUCAAGCCUCGAUGACAAUCGCACAAAAAUAUCACCUCGAUAAGUCCAAUGAAUAAAACAAAAGUUGACGCAGACGUUGUCCAGCGGUCACACGCACGAAGGAAGCGUGCGAGGAGUGAAAUACGUAAUACAAUAAUAAGACUAAAUCGUCUACUGUAUUUUUUUUUAAUUUCGACUAGAUGUCACUAGAUAUAUUAACUCUAAACAUAUUUAUGUUUAGUGUGAUUUGAAAUCGAUUUGAUAGCGUAUGAAAACAUUCGUAUGAAUGUUUCAAUCGCAGCGAAUCAUAAUAGAUUGUGUCUUAACAUACUAUUGACAAGCUUAUAAAAAAAUAUAAAUGGAAUGUAGACUACGGUAAACUAUAGACAGCCAAUUUGAAGCAAUAUUUUUAUGAUAAAUGUAACUGGCUAGUUAUAAAAAAUGUUAUCAAAGUCAACAUUUCAUUAAUUAUCAACACAAGACUAGACAAAUUUUCUUUAGGAAGAUAUUCAUAAAAAAAAAUUCUCUAUUAAACUAUUCAAAAUUUACACUCUUUCUGAUUAAUUGCUACUAAACAUAAUAAACUAUGAAACGUUGUUCGUUAUUUAAUGUUCAUAGUGAAAGUUCAAAUUUUGUAUCCAACGGGUUUUUCUAAUUGGAACCUUAAAUAUAUUACUAUAAAGUUUAAUUUGUUAAUUUUGGAUCUUAUAUAUUAUCUUCCUAAUAUUAUUUUGUCUGUUUAAACAUUUAUAUUUAUUUUUAUAUUAAAUAUUUAGUUCGUAGCUAAAUUAUAUAUUUUUUAUUUUAUUUUUUACUGUUAUUUUUUUUUCAAAUAUUCAUUCUAUUCUCCAACUUAGUUACAAUUGAGUAUAAUUUGGUGUUUUUCAACGAGGUCACCCAAAAUUUAAAUACUUCGGAAGUGCAAUACGACUUCGCUCAAAAUCCGUUAACUGUAGUUAGUAAAAUAAUAAAAUUUUAUUUAAAAAAAAAUCUUAUAAAGAUCUGAAACGAAUUGCGAUUAAUCGUGUGUUUCAUAUAUUUUGUUGUAUCUGUGUGUUAUUAUAUGAAUUAGUUACGUUAGGUUAAGUUUUAAUAUUUUUAUUUAACAGAUUGGUUUAUAGAUGACAGCUUUGUUUACUAUAAACUUCCCCUUGGAGUGGAAAUUAUAGUCUCUAUGUCUUUGUAAUAAGAGAUACAUGGGGUACAGAUGCUUUUUGAGGGUUUUUUUCUUGAAUAUUUUAUAUAAUAUGUUUUAAUACAGUAUACUCAACCUUUUCUUUAUACAAAAACGUCUUAGUCAGGUUGCCGCGGGCCGCAAACAAAAAAAAAUUAGAUAAUUAUUUCUUAAAUUUCGGGAUUGUUACAAAUUGAAUUAAACAACUAUGAACAGAUUUAUCGCGUAUAUUGUAACAUUUUUUUAUCACUUCUUGACGUUUCAAAGACAACGUGGUUACAAGCAGUUGUUUAAUUCAAAAACUUCUUUGAAAUUAAAAAUAUUUGAAUAGUUUAAAGUGACAUCAGGUGGGCCAACGAAAUAGCCAGGCGGGCGGCAGGUUGAGUACAGCUGUUUUAAUGUUACUGUGACGUUGAAAUCAUAAAACAGUGCCAUGUGACAAGUAACAAUAGCGAUAAGAAUAGGUUGAUUUUUUAACAAAACCAUUGCUUAGCAUUAAUUAAAUGUAUUGAGUAUAGAUUUUCUCGAAAGAUCGUCUGUGAGUCAGUUUUGGUGUUUUUGUACUACUUAGUAUGCAGUUAUAUACACAUAAGGGAACAUAUAAGAUGCCAAAUACUAGAGUUGUUAUGAGUGAUUUUGUUGUACUUAAGAUGUUUAAUGUUUUUAAACUUCAAUUCUUACUUGUUACUAUUAUAACUUUACCAUUUACACUAAAAUGUUAACAUUCCUUCAACAUGAGACUACUAUAUCUUUAUAUAUAUAUAUUAUUUUUAGUACAGAGAAUUUAUCUAAAUUUAAAGAUUUUUAUUAAAUAAUAAAACUUUUUUUUUUUUAUCUAACAUAUAUACGAAGUUAUAUUUUUUCGACUAAAAAUAAUCAAACUUUUAAUAUAUUUACUAACUAAAUUCUUGCAGUUGGAUGUGUGACCAAGUUUCGAGUUUUAUACUUAUUGUAGAUUUUUAAUAUGUAAAUUUUAUACUUUCUAUAAAAAAUAAGUAAAACUUUUCGCAUUAUUCUGUACAUUCCUCGUAUUUCUCUUUUAUAGAACAAUAGAUCUGUAUCGUGGAAUCUUUGAACUAGUUCUCUAUUAGUAAUAAAGUUAGUGUAAGUCUGUUACGAUGAAUGCAAAUAUGGUUUUGUUUAUGAAAUAUAAAAGUAUGGC